AGGAACGCGAAAGGGGUUUAGUCCUGUAGUCCCCCGAAGCUGAACCACAACAAACCCGUUUGAAUUCGUGGAUUCUGAGCUUUAAAAUACGAGCCUUUGCGGGAGACUCUCCUCUGUUGUAAGGAAUGGAGGCGAGGAAGUGUUUCUACCUGAAGCGAAAGGCGCCUCAUGAUGGCCAGUGUGCAAUUAUUCCGUUUAAGAAGGAUAAGGUCUUGAUUGGUAGAUCAGUUGAAGCUACUCACAUCAUCCCACACCAGCUCAUAUCCCGCAAACAUGCACUAUUUAAGCGAGAGCAUGAUCAGUGGACUGUCGGCAAUCUUAGUCUUAAUGGAGUGUUUGUCAAUGGAAAUUCCAUACCAAAAACAGAACACCAGGUAAUCAACGUAGGUGACAUGAUACAGUUUGGUCCGCAAGAAACCUUUGUCUACCGCUUUGGGAUGAAGGAAAUACCCAAUAGAGCAGGGAGUUCCUCUUCUCAACAACCAGAUAUAAAGAGGAUCAAGUUAGAGGAUGACAGAAAAAGUGCCCGUGCAAAUGACUUGAACCAGGAACGUGUGGCACUGGAGGAGCAGCUGAAGCAGAGCGAUGCUGUCCAGCAAAGGCUACAGACAGAGCGGGAUGAGCUCCUAAUGUCACUGCAAAACCAAAAGGAAGAUCUGCAGCAAAAGUAUCAGCAGGAGAAGGAGGCUUUGGAGAAGCAGUUCUCUGCUGGUUCUGUGCAGCAACAGGUGAUGUUACAGGAGAAAGAGGCACUUGCACAACGUCUAAAGGAACAGGUCUCAGAACUUCAGAACCGAUUGGAGGAGGAACGGAAGACCUUGGAAGAGAGUGUCAGGAAGGAAGAGGAACAACGCAUGCGGAUACUACAAGAGAAGAAAGUGGUUCUUCAACAAUUAAAAGAAGAGAAUGCAAAUUUGGAAAGACAGAUGCAGGAGGAGCGAAGAAAACUUCAGGUCACAGAGGAAGACAAGGAGGAACUACAGCAACAAGUGGAGGCUAAGGAGAAAGAGAUAAGAGUAAGAGAGGAGGAAAAGCGGAAAGCUGAAUGGGAACGUCAAAAGAUUCAGGAAGAGCUUACACUAGAGCAGUUGCGUUUGCUCAAAGAACUUGAUCGUGUCAAAAAUGCUUUGACAGAGAAAGAGAAAAAUAAUUCUGCCUUAAGUUCAGAGCUCAAGAAAAAGGAAGAAGAAUUAAAUGAGAGACUGGAAGUGGUUCUUCAUCAAUUAAAAGAAGAGAAUGCAAAAUUGGAAAGACAGAUGCAGGAGGAGCGAAGAGAACUUCAGGAACGUUUGCAGCACACAGAGGAAGACAAGGAGGAACUACAACAACAAGUGGAGGCUAAGGAGAAAGAGAUAAGAGUAAGAGAGGAGGAACAGCGGAAGGCUGAAUGGGAACGUCAAAAGAUUCAGGAAGAGCUUACACUAGAGCAGUUACGUUUGCUCAAAGAACUUGAUCGUGUCAAAGAUGCUUUGACAGAGAAAGAGAAAAAUAAUUCUGCCCUAAAUUCAGAGCUCAAGAAGAAGGAAGAAGAAUUAAAUGAGAGACUGGCCAAGGUAGCUGCAGAAGUUGAGGAGAAUUCCUCUGCCGCACGCCAGGAGGUCUUGAAACAGCUAGAGCAAGUUCAGGAAGAGAAGAGGCUCAUGGAAGAACAGCUGAUGUUAGCUCAAGCACAGGAUCAGGCACAGAUGAAUGACCUGCAAGAAGCCCUGCAGACCUUAGAAGCACAGAAGAUGUCUCUGGAACAGGAGCUCAAGAGCACAGAAGUUGCCACAGCAUGUGCCAGAAAGGAAGUUGUUGAGUCUGUUUCUGAUGUUCUUGAGAAUGAGUUCCAGUGCCCCAUUUGCAAUGAACUCUUCAUGACGGCUGUGAUGCUGAACUGCAGUCACACUUUUUGCCGGUACUGCAUUGACCAGUGGAAGAAAAAUAAAAAAGAAUGUCCCAACUGCAGACAAGCCAUCACCUCAGAGACUCGGUCUUUAGUGGUCGAUAACUUUAUAGAGAGGAUUGUACCUACCUUAUCAGACGAACUGAAGAAGAGAAGAACAGAGCUUGUUGAGGAAAGAAAUGCAGAAAUGGCAGCAGCGGCAGCAGCUGCAGCUGCGGCUGCAGCAGAAGCAGAAACAUCACGAGGAAGACGAACAGGAAGAGGAAGAGCACCACGGGGUGGGAGAGGAAGACAACGGCAGGGAGCACCACCAGUCCCAGCUUCCCUUCAACCCACAAGGCCCCCUGCCUAUCCUUUAGUUGCAGUGCACCAAGGUGGCAUGCCCUCUUCAAACUUCCUUACCAUUCUAAGGGGAAGAGGUUCUUCUGACCAUGCUGAUGAAGCUGCUGGAGAUGUGUCUUCUUCAAACUUCCUCACCAUCCUAAGGGGGGGAGGUUCUUCUGGCAGUGCAAAUGUUAGGCCAUUAGUCAUCCACUUACCUGGGGCAUCCACGCAAGAGGCCAUGCGUGAGAGACAGACUCGGCCUCAUCUGGUGGUGAGGGCUCAGCCUGGACCAGAACGCAACUCCUUCAACCUGGCCGAAAGGGGCCCUACUCCCCGACGUCCCCUACCAGGUCGGCGAGGGCAUUGGGCAACCGGCUGUCCUGAAGGAGCUUAUUUUUAAGGAAGAAGCUCAUGGCCCGUGGAGGGGUGGAAAGUUCAAGUAAAAAUAACAAUGAGAAAUGAAAACAUGAAAUACAAGAAUACCUGAUUAGUGUAAAAAAUUAAAUAAGCGUUAUAUUAUUUUGAUAUGUAUAAUGUACCCCCUCUAUUUAGCUGUUAAUCUAUCUCCUUCUCCUCUCCCUCCUCUCCUUCUUCUCUCGCCCUGCUGCUGCUGCUGCUCCUCCUCCUCCUCCUCCUCCUCCUCCUCCUCCUCCUCCUCCUCCUCCUCCUCC